AUGUUGGAGCCGUACGAGCCCGAGUUCCCGUCGCCGCUCAACCCACGCCGCACUACGCCGGUGCGCGCGCGCGAGGCCCGGGCCAGGACCAACGUGAGCGUGAGCCCGACGCAGCGGCUGCUGAGGUACAGGGCCGCGGAGGCGUGGCGCUCACACAAGAUGCUGCAGGAGGCGAGGGAGUACGAGAGGCGGCUGAGGGAGACGAUUGCCUGGAGGGAGGAGGCGGCUGGGCUGCGGCCAGACGGCAAAAGGCAGCCGCUCGACGGCCUCGACGGACGGGAUGCCAGGGCCGAACGGGGCGAGCAGGGCGAGACGGAGCACCAGUUCCAUGGGCCGGCCUUGAGCUUCUUGACGCCGCGGCGGGUGGCGCUGGCGGUGGGCUUGAUGAGGAGAUUCCCUGUUCCCGGCUGGUUCAGGUGCGAGAGGCCUCCUCAGGAGCGGGAUUGUUGA